AUGGUCAUUCACCAAGGAGUGAAAUCUCAUAUGUGUGAAGUAUGUAAGAAGCCAUUUAGUAAAUUUAGUCAUUUAAAGGAGCAUAUGCUGAUUCAUACAGGAGAGAAACCUCAUGUGUGUGAAGGGAGUUUAAAUGAGCAUAUGCUCAUUCAUACUGGAAAGAAACCUCAUGUGUGCAAAGCAUGCAAGAUGUCAUUUAGGCAAAAGAUGGGUUUGAAAAUGCAUAUGCGUAUUCACACAGGAGAGAAGCCUCAUAAGUGUGAAGUAUGUAAAAAGUCAUUUAGUCAAAAGGGAGGUUUAAUUGAGCAUAUGAGUAUUCAUACAGGAGAGAAACCGUAUAGGUGUGAAGUAUGUAUGAAAUCAUUUAGAGUAAACAGUUCUUUAAAGAUGCAUAUGUUAAUUCACACUGGAGAGAAACCUCACAUGUGUGAAAUAUGUAAGACCACAUUUAGUCGAAAGUGUAGUUUAAGAAAGCAUAUGCUUAUUCACACCGGAGAAAAACCUCAUGUUUGUGAAGUGUGUGAGCAGUCGUUUAAUGAAAGAUAUAUGUUAAACAGCCAUAUGCGUAUUCACACUGGAGAGAAAACUCAUAUGUGUAAAAAAGAGACCGAUCAAAUAGAAUAG